AAACUGCAAAGAGGUAAAUUGAUCUGUCCAGAAGCUGGUGGAAUCUCCCCAAAACAACCCAAAUUGUUCAUCGAAUCAACGUACUCCGUAUUAUCACAAGAGAGAAUAAUCAUCAAAAAAUUAGAAUACAGAAAAAAUGGCUCAAAACCCUCAAUUGUUUCCUAAUGGUAUGCCUGUCCCUUUUUAUGCCGAAUUGUUUGUGUUGGCUAGAGAUGGCGUUGAGUUUGAGGUCGAUAAGAUUCCUGGGAGCGGGAAAGUGAAGGCUAAGGGGACUGUCUACUUGUCAAAUGUGCGCAUGGUAUUUGUCGCAAGCAAGCCCGUUGGGAAUUUUUAUGCAUUUGAUAUGCCUCUGUUGCAUGUUCAUAGUGAGAAAUUCAACCAACCAAUAUUUCAUUGCAACAACAUUUCAGGACAUGUGGAACCAGUUAUUCCUGAAAAUGAGAAUAGGGCUCUAUACUCAACCCACUCAUUCAAGAUUUUGUUCAAGGAGGGCGGUUGUGGUACCUUUAUCCCCCUGUUUUUUAACUUAAUCAAUUCUGUAAGGCGGUACAAUCAACAGGCUGCACCUGCCCCAGAGCCUCGUGUUGAUCCUCUACGUGCAGCACAAACUCCUGUGGAUGAAAUGAUGAGACAUGCGUAUGUUGAUCCAAAUGAUCCUACAAAGAUCUUUUUGCAGCAACCUACACCGGAGUCAAACCUGAGGCGGCGUACAUACCAUUCACAAGGCGACAACACCAUGUAGUACUACCUUGUUUCUUCUGUUGUGGAAAUCAUACCAAAGUAAAGAAAAGAACAAUAUGUUUUCAGUUUGUAUCCAUAGAUAAGAUGCUCUCCUGGCUUGUCAAUACCUUUUUUAUACAUAUUUUUAUUUUCAUCUUUUUGGUGUCUGAACCUUGUAUUAUACUCAGAUUGUAGGCUCUAAUAUAAUAAAAGUUGUCUUGUAUAUUCUGUUGUA